AUGCGAAUAACACAGCUCUUCCCGCUGGCUUUGGCCGCCGGUGCCUUUGGUAAAUCUCUUGAGGAUGUCCUGACGGAACAGAGCGAGACGCUUUCCACCAUCCACUCCUGGUUGCAAUCUCAGAUGGCCGCCCUUGCCAUCUUGAGCGGCGCCCAAGGCGUCACGAUACUCGCGCCCAGCAACAAGGCCAUGGAUGAGCUGUACAAGUCAAAUUUCUCGGCCCACUUGGCAUCGGACUCAAACCUUCUUACGGCAUUCCUGAGCUACCAUGUUCUCAAUGGAGUCUAUUACAGUGACCACUUCAUCAACGCUGGCGCGGCAAACUUCCCAACCUUCAUGAAUAAUUAUCCCUGCUUCUCCAACGUGACCGGCGGCCAGGUGGUCCAGGGCCGCGUCAAGGACGGGGGAGUCACCUUUGUGUCCGGCCACAACACCGAGUCCGCCGUGCAGACAUACGAUUUGCACUACGACAAUGGCGUCGUGCAUAUCAUCGACUCGGUGCUGUGCAUUCCGCACAACCUGACCGGCACGGUAGUCUCCAAGGGUCAUACAGCGAUGGCGGGCGCGAUCCGGGAGACGGGAGUCGAGGCCGCCUUCAACCAUGCGCGAGACGUGACCAUCUUUUCGCCGUCCAACAACGCCUUCAACGCCAUCGGCAGCCUGGCGAUUAACAUGGCGAUUGAGGAGGUCGCCGGUAUCCUGAAAUACCACGUCAUCUCGGGCCAGGUGCAGUACAGCUGGCAGAUUAUGGAUGGCAGCCAGGCGAUGGCCAUCAACAGCGGAAGCAUCAAUUUCAGGGUCGAGGACGACGGGGCGUGGUUCGUGAAUAGCGCCCGUGUCAUUGCGUCGGAUAUCCUUAUUGGCAAUGGCGUGCUCCAUAUAAUUGACGGAGUGUUGAACCCAUCUAACCAGACGGCCACCCCCAACCCGGCAGCCGCCACGCAGGCCCCGGUGUUUGACGGCGCCACCACCACGACCUGUGUGCCCUUUACCUCGGCCCUGGCGUCUACCAGUACGGUUACGAGCGAGGCCACUGCUGCCUCAACAGCAUCCGCGGACGCUCAGCGGACCGGCAGUGUCGGUCAACCGUCGAACAGCCCGUCUGCCACCUCGCAGGCCACCUCGUCACCCAUCUCUUCGCUGGCCUCGUCACCCGCCUGCUCGCGCACCAUGUCUGCCACGGCCUCCACGACCAAGUCUGCCACCGUGUAUGCCACCCCGUCUGACGGCCCGUUUGACGGUGACUCUGGCCCACCCCAGAAUUCUGGGCCUAGGCAGACGGCCGCUGUGGGUGCUGCCGCCCUGCUUGGUGGAGCAGCCGCGUUUGUGAACUGGGAGGCGGCAGUUCAGGGGUGGUGAUCGAGAUGGGAAGGGAAGACGAGGGUGAGAAUGGUAGAGUCAGUUACUGUCGUCGGUGUAAAUUUAGGCCUUAGUUAGUAUUUUCUUUGAU